AUGGGAAGAAAUUCUUCUAAAGCACUUGCUAGUCCAAAAGUUUCAAAAACUCAGAAGAAGGUUCCUGAAGAUGUCAACAACCAAGAGAACAGAGCCUCUCAGAUGAUUACAUCCUCUGCUAGAAAAAAAACCAGAGGCAUAUGUUUGGACAAUGAUUCUUAUAUUGCAAUCAAUAACAUGUCUGUGGAUUCUGAGGGAUGUGAGACAAUAGAAUCUUUUUCAAAUGGAACCAUAUUUUCUCUGGCAUUCCAUAUUUCCAGAAAUACUGAAGGAGAAAUUGUAGAUGGAGUGAGAAAACAGCCACAUCAGAAGAUGUAUAAGCUAAGAACUAGCUGUGUUAAUGUGUCCCAUUCUCAUAACCCUGGUAACAGGGAGCACACAAAGGCUACAACUCAAGAAACAUGUGACAGGGAAAUGUGGCUUAUAAGAGUGGAGAUUUAUCAAAAGCUGAAGUAUGUUAUUCAAAGUUUAGUUCAAUACAACAUAUAG